UAACAAAUUUGAAAAACUUCGGCGGAACAUGGAAAUUCAAGACGACGGAACAUAAAAAUUACAUAAUCUGUUCUGUAUACGAUACCAUAUCCAAACGCAAUGAGCAUGCGCUGUAAGAAGAUCAAAACAAAUCCGUCUAUUGUUGCCACCCCCUAUCAAUAUUGCCGAAAAAAGAUCACCGGGUUGUCUUUGUGCCGUCUGCCGAGUGCAAAAGUGCGUGUUUCUUGAAGUUACCAGACAGUCACAAGAAUUGUGCAUUUGAUCAUAUGUCAGGAUGGCAAGCAGCAGUAAAAAAACUGGACUUGGUGACUUUGUCAAAAUUGGAAAAGAGCUAUACAGCUCCUCUGAAGAACAUCCAACGCCUGUUUUAGCCAAGAUUACUGGACAGAUUCCCGACUGGUUUGAAGGCAUACUUGUCAGAGUAGGGCCGGGAAAAUUUGAAUGGGGAAAAAGCAGUUAUAAUCAUUGGUUCGAUGGACAAGCAUUGAUGCAUAAAUUUGAUGUCAGCAAAGGAACAGUAAAGUAUUCAAGUGAAUUUCUGCAUAGCCAAUCCUAUGACAAAUCCAAGAAGUAUGGGCGUGUAGCGACCCCCGGUUUUGCUACAUGGGCACCCCCUGAUCCAUGCAAAAAUAUCUUCCAAAGGUUCUUUCUCUAUUUCUUGCCACCAGCCAUGACCGACAACUGCAACAUCAAUAUGGUUAAAAUCAAAGAAGAAAUAUUUGCUUCAACAGAGUCUCCGUAUAUUUAUCACGUUGAUCCCAGUAACCUUGGAACUAUGGAGGAGCAUGACUUAAAAUCUACUUUGAGUGGUCCCAGGUCUCUUCUGGCGCAUCCUCACAAUGACGAUGAAGGGUAUGUAUACAAUGUUUCGGCAAACUGGCUGAAGUUUCGUUACGACAUAUUCAAAAUCCCACCAAAUGCAAAUGCCACAGACCCCUUUUCUGGUGCCACAAUCAUAGCUACAGUUCCAUUCAGCUUUUUUGGUCCGGCUUAUUUCCACAGCUUUGGUAUGAGUGAAAAUUUCUUUAUCAUAAUUGAAAAUCCACUUGUAAUGAAGGCAUUGUGGAAAAUGGUCACAAUGAACUUUUUAAAGAAUUCUUAUUUGGAUGUGCUUAAAUGGAAACCAGAGUUAAAAUCAAGGAUGCAUUUAAUUAACCGUCACACAGGAAAACUGGAAAAGACCUUCCAAGUGGAUAAAUUUUUUGCUUUCCAUCAUGUAAAUGCUUAUGAAGAGUCCGGUCAGAUCGUUGUUGAUGUAUGCGGUUAUCCGGAUGCUUCUGUAAUCGAGGCAUUCUAUUUAAGCAAGCUGCGAAAUGGCUUAAAGGGAGUUGACUACACGAUUCCAAUACUUCGUAGGUACCGGUUACCUAUCCCAUCAACCGGACAGGUAACAAAAGAGCCAGAAACCCUGCCUAAACUUGUAAACGGAGAGCAAUUUGAAGUUAUUUGCGAAGGAUUUGAACUGCCACGCAUCAACUACUCAUACAAUACUAAGAAGUACAAGUUUACAUACGGCACAGCUUUCCGUGAUAAGAAUUUCUUUCUUGAGAACAUCGCAAAAGUCAACGUCGAUACGAAAGAAGUAGUGAGCUGGAUUGAGGAGGACUCAUAUCCGUCCGAGCCAGUUUUUGUACCGGCCCCGGAUGCUAAAGAGGAGGAUGAUGGGAUUGUACUCAGUGCUGUUGUUGGUGUCCUAGGGAAGCCAUCUUUUCUUUUAUUUCUGGAUGGUAAAACCUUCACUGAAGUAGCCCGCGCUGUGGUUCCUUGCAAACUGGCAUUGACAUUUCACGGAGCCUACCUGCAUUAACACUGCAAAAUUUAAUUGAUAAUUCUACAUGUAUUGAUUGCAAUAUUCUCAGACAUUAUGCAACAGUUGUUGCCUCCUUUUCAUCAAUAUUUCAUAAAUAGAAGCAACCCUUGUUAAUGUGAAAACGGACUGUUCAAAUCUCCAAGUUUCUAGGAUGUACUACGUAUUUACCUAACUGUUUAGGAGCCGCAAAACAGAGUUUUCAAAGCAUAUUCCUACAAAAUACGAUUGUCUUCAAACAACCUUGUUCAUAAAAAUACUAGCCUACCAGAAGCAUACUUUAGCUCUACCAGAAGCAUACUUUAGCUCUACCAGAAGCAUACUUUAGCUCUACCAGAAGCAUACUUUAGCUUUACCAGAAGCAUUUUUUAAUUAAAGGCAGUAAAUAAUGGCAACCACAACAAUUGGUUGGCUCCCUCUUUAUCAGCCUUAUGCCAUUGGCUACUCCUUGUCCAGCAAUAAUUAAUGAAGUUAUGAAUUGUCUUUUUGGGCUGGUCGUAGAAGUAGUUGAUUUAUACAAUAAAGGAUCAUCCCAGUAAUAACUUUUUUUAUAAUUACUGUAAAAUUUCAGUUUUUUUAGGGAAUCGUUGUCAAUUUAGAUAUUCUAACCUUGACAGAAAUUCAUGUUUAACUUGAAUCUGGAAUGUAUUGUUGAACCUUACAUACAGACAAAUUAAUUUUGUAGUGCUAUAAAGUGCUUCUCCAAUUUUCAUGAAUUACCAAGCUUCCACUAUUUUUAGCUUAUACAGAAAUCUCAUGUUAUUACCUUGACUUGCUCUUAAAAAUUUAGGGCUGCAUGAAGCCUCUACAAUAAACAUUU